UGCUUAGACAUACUCUCUGUCUCUCCUCUCUCUCUCUCUCUCUCUCUCUCUCUCUCUCUCUCUCUCUCUCUCUCUCCCUCCAAAUUUCUUUAGCUUCUUCUCCAUCUCUGAACCGAUCUGCCAAUCACUGAAUUAAAUUUGGUUUUGGGUGCAAGUUCGUGGUUCUUCCCUUUUUUUCUUCUUCUUCCUCGAUCAUUUGAACUUCAAUUUCGAGGGUUUUUGCUUAUCAUCACUAUUCAAUUUGAUUGAUUCCCUUUGUUUCUUCAUCUGAUUCGGCCGAAAUUGCGAAGUGAGUUCUGCGGGAUCUGUAGUUCUUAGCGACUUUCUUUUCAUAAAGGAAGUAUGCCUCCAUGGUGGGGGAAGUCAUCAUCAAAAGAAGCAAAGAAGAGCAAGGAAAGUUUUAUCAAUGCAUUGCAGAGAAAACUUAGAACAGCUGAUGGUAAAACAAACAGCAGAUCAGGAGGAUCUCCAAGAACUUGUAAUGAUAAUGAUACAAUUUCUGAGCAAGGAACUCGAUCUCCUAUUCUUUUGAGAACAAUUUCACCUUCAAAACAAGUAUCAAGAUGUCAAAGCUUUUCUUCUGAAAGGCCACAAGCUCAACCUCUACCUCUUCCUGGUGUGCAGCCGCCAAUUGUAGGUCGUACUGACUCUGGGAUUAGUAUUUCGCCAAAACCGAGUUCUGAAAGAAGCUCCAAGCCAUCGUCAUAUCUACCACUCCCAAGACCAGCAUGCAUACCCAGGAGGCCUAACCAUGCUGAUUUAGAUGCAGAGCUUGGUGUUGGUUCAGUGUCCAGUGAGAGCUCGAAUGAUAGCGCGGAUCUACUAGAUUCACGCCAUCGUAGUCCUCAGGCAACUGACUAUGAUCUCGGGUCUAAAACGGCUGCAGGCAGUCCUUCGAGUGCCAUUGUCAAGGAUCAGUCUUCUAUUGUCCCUCCACCAAGUUCACGAGAGCCCAGAAAACCAGCAAAUAUCUCCUUGAGCAACCACAUUUUCUCCACAUCACCCAAAAGGAGACCUUUAAGCAGUCAUGUUCCAAAUCUGCAAGUCCCAUAUAAUGGGAAUUUUUGUAUUGCUCCAGACAGUUCAAUGUCAAGUCCUUCAAGAAGUCCCAUAAGGGCUUUUAGCACAGAGCAAGUUAUUAACAAUGCUGUUAGUGCUGGAAAGUUCUAUAUGGAUCUCACUUUUCCUGGGUCAGGCCAUUGUUCUAGUCCUGGUUCUGGUUACAAUUCAGGGCAUAACUCAAUGGGUGGUGAUUUAUCAGGACAGCUAUUUUUGCAACAAAGCCGAGGUAGCCCAGAGUAUUCACCAGCUCCCAGUCCCAGAAUGACUAGCCCUGGUCCUAGCUCCCGAGUCCAUAGUGGUGCAGUGACACCAAUUCAUCCUAGAGCAGGAGGGAUACCAACCGAGUCACAGACAUGGCCUGACGAGAAGCAAACACACCGCUUACCUCUACCUCCGGUCGCAAUUUCCAAUGCUCCUUUUUCUCAUUCCAAUUCAGCUGCAACAUCUCCCUCUGUUCCAAGAAGUCCUGGAAGAGCUGAUAAUCCAGCAAGCCCAGGCUCCCGUUGGAAAAAGGGGAAGCUUUUGGGUAGGGGUACCUUUGGUCAUGUGUAUGUUGGUUUCAACAGUGAAAGUGGUGAAAUGUGUGCAAUGAAGGAGGUUACAUUAUUUUCAGAUGAUGCAAAGUCCAAGGAGAGUGGCAAGCAAUUAAUGCAAGAAAUCACCUUGUUGAGUCGUUUACGACAUCCAAACAUUGUGCAGUAUUAUGGAUCUGAAACGGUUGGGGACAGGCUUUACAUUUACCUUGAAUAUGUAUCUGGUGGCUCUAUUUACAAGCUUCUCCAGGAAUAUGGACAGCUUGGAGAAGUUGCACUUCGUAGUUAUACCCAGCAAAUACUGUCCGGGCUUGCGUAUUUACAUGCUAAGAGUACUGUUCACAGGGAUAUCAAAGGAGCAAAUAUACUCGUUGAUCCCACGGGGCGUGUUAAGUUGGCUGACUUUGGGAUGGCAAAACAUAUAACUGGGCAAUCGUGCCCUUUGUCGCUUAAAGGCAGCCCAUACUGGAUGGCGCCGGAGGUUAUAAAGAAUUCAAAUGGUUGUAAUCUUGCUGUGGAUAUUUGGAGUCUUGGAUGCACUGUUUUGGAGAUGGCUACAACGAAGCCUCCUUGGAGUCAAUAUGAGGGAGUAGCUGCAAUGUUUAAGAUUGGCAAUGGCAAAGAACUUCCCGAAAUCCCAGAUCAUCUUUCGCACGAUGGAAAAGAUUUCGUUAGACAAUGUCUGCAACGUAAUCCAGCUCAUCGUCCUACAGCUGCUCAACUUUUGGAACAUCCUUUUGUAAAACAUGCUUCACCUCUUGAAAGACCGAUUUCGGGUUCUGAGCAUUCAGGAAGGAAUCCCAGCUUCUUGGAUUCUGAUAGAUCUGCAGCUCCUUCAUCUAGACUCUCCACAGCUGUGUUUCAUUCCAGUGAAAUUCAUAUUCCGAGGAACCUUUCAUGUCCUGUUUCCCCCAUUGGAAGCCCUCUGGUGCACUCUCGAUCGCCACAGCACCCGAGUGGGAGAAUGUCUCCGUCGCCCAUCUCUAGCCCUCGGAACAUGUCAGGUGCAUCGACUCCGCUCACGGGAGGAAGCGGUGCUAUUCCACACCAGCAUCUCAAACAAUCACCGUACCUACAGGAGGGUUUUGGGAGCUUGCCGAAGCCUUCAAUAGGUCCCUAUAGUAAUGGCCCUUCAUAUCAGGAUUCGAACCCCGACAUCUUUCAGGGGAUGGGGAUUCAACCAGGUUCUCACAUCUUCUCCGAGCAAUUUGGAAAGCCUGCUUGGGAAUUAUACGACGGGCAGGCAGUCUUGGCCGAUCGUGUUUCUAGGCAGCUCCUGAGUGAUCACAUAACAACUCCCUCCCUGGAUCUAAAUCCGAACUCUCUUUCGACCAACCGCAGAUAGUCAAAUUUAAGCAACUGCUUGAAAUUUCACGGACCCAUCUACCAGAGGAAGCUCACAAGAGGGUUCUGGUCUCUCUUCUUUGGCAGACUUGAAACCAAAACCGAAACGUGUUGUUUAACGAUGAAGAAACUAAGCAGUGUCAUGUCAUAAAGACCCGCUACAAACGGACCUGUGCAGUAAGGUCUCUAAUAUCUUGAAAGAACUGGAGAAAGUUGAUUUCACUAUCACAUGAUAUAUAAGGUUCCUUACAACGACUAACAGAUAAAGAAAGGUGAAGUUCUUGAUGGAAGUAUGCAUACGCCCGCCGAAGCUGGCUUCCGGGUACGCAGAAACCUUAUUUUUGUUGGUAGCUUAUGAUAUGGUGGCAUCAAAUUGUACAAAAUUAAGUACAAUUUUGCUUUAGGAUUGAACCUGAAGAGAUCUAUGUUAUGGCAAUACACCAAGCCAAAGAAACAUUCAUGGCAAUGAAAGCUGUACACUUAAACAUCGUCGAAUAAGAUGUUAUGAAGAUUGAAAUGGUAAAAUCCCUAUCCAUCAGACCCCCCCUUAUGUCUGAA